ACACCAUGUUUUUGCUGAGAUCUGACAAACCAGAGACAGAACAGGAUGAGGCAAUGUUUGAUGCCAGUUACAAGCUGUUCUGUGAGAGGAUCAUCCGCCAGAGGCUGCUUGUCAACAAUGAGGUGCUUAGAAUGGGCCAGCUGAGGCAGGCCUUCAUUGACAUGGUGAAAGCAAACGAAGGUGUUGAUGCUUCAAACUACAGACAGGAUCUGUUGAAGAAGAGGCUGGCUCAAGAUUUCCCUCAGCUAGCGUUUCACAUGCCCACCAAGCGCAACGUCUGCGAACUGGUUUUUGCUGAGACUCUGUCAAAGGAUGCACUCGUGGACAUGCUACCAGAUCCAUCCGGUACGGAAACAACACAGUCCAGUGAAUUGAGCCAGACAGACAGCGACAAUGAAACAGGGAGAACAAAGUGCCAAACAACACAUGAGGACACAAGGACACUGUAUACAGCAGCGUUGUUUUUGAAAAGACUGCUUAGUGACACUCCUGGCAUGUCAUGCCCAUGGCCUCCCACUUCUGAAAAUGUAAAUGUCACUGAAUCUCAAACUGUUGUCCCCAUUGGACUAUACAAUCUGCUCAGCUGGAUUAUAGGUUCCACUGAGGAGCCAACACUGGAUCAUUAUGUCAACAUUGAUGAUGACAUACAUUUGAAAGUGUUGUCUGUUUGUCAAGACAUUGUGUACCUUGCUUCCAAGGGCCGCAAGCAGACACCCAAGUCCUUGGCUUUAGGUUUAACUGUUCGACAUUUAACUGGAUCAUCACGCAUUGUAUCACUGCUUAACAGACUGGGACAUUGUGCAUCAUGGGACACAGUUUUGAGUCUAGACACUAGCCUUGCCCAACUGACACUAGUAGAAGGCAGAGACAAAAUACCGAAGGGAUUCUCAAAGCGGACACCCACAACACUUGUGUGGGAUAACAUUGACUUUGGUGAGGAGACACUAUCGGGUCGUGGAACUACUCACCAUACAAAUGGAAUUAUGCUCCAGAGUGUGCCCGGCGAGCCUAUGUCCACAGCAAUCAGACAGCCACUGAGAAAGGGAGAGCACAAAGCUGUCAUCAUCAAGAGCUCGGACACUGAUGUGGCAGUCAUUGCUUGCCUGGCCGACACGCUCACACAUCACUCAUAG